AUGGCCUCUCUGGGAGUCCUUGAUUUGUUCAACGUGAAAGGUAGGGUGGCUGUGGUCACAGGGGGAAGCAGUGGGUUAGGGCUUAUGAUUUGCAAGGGACUGGUGACGAAUGGUGCCAGAGUUUACGUGGUCGCUCUUCCAACCGACCCAAUAACGGAGACGGUCGACGCACUGAAUGAGUUGGGAAAAGAAUCCGGAGGUCGUGCAGAAGGCUAUCCCUGUGACCUUUCCUCGAAGCACUCAAUUUCUGAGCUUGCCGAGGCGAUAUCACAGAAAGAAAAGACUGUCGAUAUGCUCAUCUCGAACGCAGGCAUUCGCCGCGAUCCCCCGGCAGCUUGCAAUGUGCUGACAGCACCUCUCACUGAGCUCCAAGCUUCAAUGUGGUCUAUUGAGGAAUCUGAUUGGGUGAAUACGUUCAAAGUGAACACCACUGCCCACUACUAUCUAAGCAUCGCUUUCCUGCCUCUGCUCGCAGCAGCAGCCGACCAACAGAUGGGCAACGGCACCAAAGGUCGCGAUGAAGGAAGAGGUGUGAUAGUCAUCACAAGCUCUUGUGCAAGCAUGCACAAUGCCACGAAUGUGGAUUUGACCAGCUAUGCAACGAGCAAGGCUGCGACUGAUCAUCUCGUCAAGUUGCUAGCCGCGAAAUAUAAUCGAUUUUAUGUGCGGGUGAUAGGAAUCAAUCCUGGAUUCGUCCCUAGUAGCAUGAAUCCUGUGGGCGCCGAGGGAAACAUCUUCAGCUCGUUGUUCGACAAGGUCCCUGCAAAGCGCGCUGGAAAUUCUGAGGACAUUGCCGGUACAAUCUUGUAUCUUGUUAGCAAGGCAGGGUCCUAUGUAGAUGGGGUGUCGCUCUGUGUGGAUGGUGGUCGGAUUCUUCUGGCAAAUGGCCAGGAAUGA